GCGGCGGUCCUUGGCGCUGAGGGGGCGCGCGGCUCCGGCCUCUGCCCGGGCCGAUCCUGCCCCGGCAGCGCCUUUAUCAGCGGCCGUUCCGCUCAUUGCCGCCCUCUCCUGCCUCCCGCCGCGAGCAGCCGGGGCCUCCUCAUGCGGGAGAAGCGGAGGAGGAGGUGGGAGCUGCUCGCCGGCCAUCCCCGGCGCCCGGCAAGUCGGAGCCGAGCCGCCGCCGCGCCGCUCCUGCCGCAUCUCCCCGCGGCGCGGAGCCGGCCCUGAGCUCUGCCCGCCGCGCCGCCCCCGGACCCUUCCUCAUACUCUUGCACCCACCCUCCUUCUAGUCUUCCCAGACCCCUCCUCCUAGUCUUCCUUCUUUUUGUUUGUUUGUUUGUUUGUUUUUUUUUUUUUUUUCUGUUUUUUUUUAAAUUCUCCCCCUUCCCCGCUCCCCCUUUGGUUCUCACCCUGGCUGCGAGCAAAGCGUCUUCAUGAGCGCAGAGGAUGUCCGGAAAGCACUAUAAAGGGCCUGAAGUCAGUUGUUGCAUCAAAUACUUCAUCUUUGGCUUCAAUGUCAUUUUCUGGUUCCUUGGCAUAGCAUUUCUUGGGAUUGGAUUAUGGGCAUGGAAUGAAAAGGGAGUGUUGUCCAAUAUCUCCUCCAUCACUGACCUGGGAGGCUUUGAUCCUGUUUGGCUCUUCCUAGUGGUAGGAGGAGUUAUGUUCAUUUUGGGAUUUGCAGGAUGCAUUGGAGCUUUACGAGAAAACACAUUUCUUCUCAAAUUUUUCUCUGUAUUUCUUGGAAUUAUUUUCUUCUUGGAGCUCACUGCUGGCAUUCUAGCAUUUGUUUUCAAAGACUGGAUAAAGGACCAGCUGUAUUUCUUUAUAAACAACAACAUCAGAGCAUACAGAGAUGACAUUGAUUUACAAAACCUCAUAGACUUCACACAGGAAUAUUGGCAGUGCUGUGGGGCUUUUGGAGCCGAUGACUGGAACCUUAAUAUUUACUUCAAUUGUACAGAUUCCAAUGCGAGUCGAGAACGCUGUGGUGUGCCAUUCUCUUGCUGUACUAAAGACCCUGCUGAAGAUGUUAUUAAUACUCAGUGUGGCUAUGAUGCAAGGCAAAAACCAGAAGUUGAUCAGCAGAUUGUUAUCUACACUAAAGGCUGUGUCCCUCAGUUUGAGAAAUGGUUGCAGGACAACCUUACCAUAGUUGCUGGUAUAUUCAUUGGGAUAGCAUUACUGCAGAUAUUUGGGAUAUGCUUAGCCCAGAAUUUGGUUAGUGACAUUGAGGCUGUCAGAAACAGCUGGUAAAACUGCUGAAGUAACCACAAGACACUGGACAACUGAAACCCUCUGAAACCUCCAGUGUGUCACUCCGACACCAAGCUGUAUGGACAUGGGUGACAGGGAAGCCUUCUCUCCCAAAUAGUCUCAAGCCUAAGUUCCUGAUAUUGCGGUGAACUUGUGUUUUUUUGGGGUGGGGGAGAGAAGAGUGGGCUGUUGAAAAUCUGCUGCUCACUGACUUUUUUUUUUUUUUUCUUCUAAACCACCACUUUGAAAGCUGUUGAACCGUGAGUCUCUACUGUAUUCUUGAUUUUGAGUAACAAGUGGACACUUUUUAAAAUUGGUGUAUUCAGUGAGACAGAGGUGCAUUGUUGUAGUCUGUGGAUAUGCUGUUUAUUCUUCAUGUCAUGAGCUCUUUGAUAGCUGCCAAAUAUUCCUGAGAUGGUCUAUCUCCUCACCACUCUGUAAAGGAACAAUCUUCUUGUUUUCACAGCUAAACAUAGCUACACGCCUAAACCCAUGAAGCAGGAAGCAACUUUCUAUGCAUCUAUUGUACAGUAAAAGAAAUUGUUUUUAAAACAAGGGAAAUAUUUUUUAAUGCAAGCUUCCAACUAUUUCCCUGUAGUACUUUGAGGCUGGAAUCAGCAGAAGGGAGAAUUGCUUAAUUUUGUCAAGAUCUUUUUUCCUUCUCCACCUUUGUAUGAAGGGAAAGGAGUUUUAUAUUUGACAAACAAGGGUUGCUGCCAUACCUUUGGAUAUCAGUCUCUUAAGGCAAGGAUGGGAUAUAACUGUAUAAAUGUAUGAAAGCAGUGUGGAUGUUGAGUCCAAGUGGAGAAUAAUAUUCAAAGAAUGAAUUAUAUAUUAACUUUAAAAAAUCAAAACUUAUGUAUCUGAUGUGGCAAAAUCUUUGGUUUCUCUGAAGUUUAGUGUAACCUAAUGUAUUUAGGGAUCUCACUAAAAUUAAUGCUUUGACAUACUCAUGCGAAACUUGUUUUUUUGGUCUGUUACUGGUUGGGGCUUUGGUUUUUCUUUUUUUCUUUAAUUCAUUUUGCUUGCAUGAGCUGUGGAAUAAGAAUCUGUGACACUCCAGUGCUUUAAAUAUGUGCAUAUGUUUUAAUACAGUCUAAUCCAAACUUAUUUAUUGAUAAAUGCAUGUGAUUAUGGAAAGAUCAUAUCCCAUUCUCUUGGAGGUUGGAGAGAACAGUUUUUGCCAGAGUAAAUACUUACCUCCAGUGAACAAAUCCAUGCUAUGGAGAUGUGUCUCCCUUUUUUGAUCUAAAGGCAACAAAGAGCUUUCUUGAAGCAACAGAAUAAAAGUCUUUAAAUAGAAGCAUUUCUUAGGAUCAGCUAUGAUAGACUCUUUUGAAUUGGACACAAGAAAGCAGAAAAAAGCACAAAUAGUGGAAGAAGACUUAGAUCAGACUCCAUCCAGCUUAGCGCUUUUGAUUUGUUCUUCUUCACUAAUAACAGUGAACUUAAAAGACAUGACCAUGGCUUGGGUAGUUUAUUGCACUUUGUAUAAAUUUAGUGUGUUUUAUGACCCUUCUCAGUGUCUCCAUACCAGUCCUGAAAGCUGCUUUGGGCAGACAGUGGCAAAGGGCGUGUAGCACUUCUUUGUAAGAACAUAACAUCUUUCUGAGUUGAGUUUCCUAAAGCAGGAGAUAUAUGGAGUAGAAGAGAGGAACACAUUGCUUUCAAAGCUUCCCGAUUCUGGGGAUAGAUAGAAGGCUGAUCUGAUGACUUGUUAAGGCUCUUUCUGGUCCUGUGACUCUUAAACAAAAGAAUAUAUGUACCCUUGCACAUUUUGCCUUUCUUUGCUUUAGUUGGCCGUGGUUUUUGUCCCCUCUGAAGGCUGGUGAUGGGCGCGCAGAUACUUCACAGAUGCCUCAGACAGACCCAUUGUCCGCCCAUCUUUAAGCAUUACCUCAUCCUCUUCUGGUUAACUCCCACUGACUGUCUCUGAAUCAGGCAGCCUCCAUAUCCCUUGGUAUCUGCUGUUAAAGGCCAGCCAUGACUCAGAGUAUUUUUAAAGCCUUGCAAAGCAAUUAUAGUUCAUUGUCCUUAAUAAAGUUGGUUCCCCCUCAGCACAGCGUUAUGUUUUUCUUAGCCACUCCUCAACUUGAGGAGUUACUGGUUCUUUUCCCCCAGAAGGACAUACCAUUUUGCUUGAUAGUGGCAGGACAGUCAGAUCAUCAGCACCAGUGUUGCUGCACUGAGACAAAAUGGUGCAGGGAGGAAUCAGGGAAGUGGGGGUGAGGAAAAAACCCCUUCACCAAAGAGCCUUGAUUGUGAUCCUGGGAUUUGGUUUGGAGGGAAAACAAAAAACCUAAUUACAGAAACAUUCCUUUUUGCCACUGAUCUUGAAUGCUGCUGUUGCUGCUCUGAGUUUCUGAAGAUAGCUUCAUUCUUCUACUUGAAUCUCUGCAGUUGUACUGUAUUGGCCUUCUGUCUUGUCACGCUGUUCUCUGAGUUCCAGACUGCUGGCGCUGCUGUUGGCAGGGUCAGACUGAUAGGAGGGUAAAUGCUCCAAGCUGAGCAAUUGUUGUUCUCACAACUUGCACGUCUACACACAAAUGUGCAACACUUCUGCUGAAUCCCAGAAUGACUGACUGUUCUUACAAAAACCACUAAAUAGCUUACUUCUCUAUUGCUGUGGUUGUUGAUCCUUCUCCCUCCCUCAUUCCCAAGAGAUACUUACUUAUUUACUAAUUUUUGCAUUAUUUGAUGGAUAUGCACUGAAUGUUUAGGAUUAGCUAUCUGUAUUACACAUUUAAAUCCCCAUUUUUUUGUCUACAGAUCAGGUCCCAUCAAUAGCUACUCAGCAGCUUAGGCGUCCAGUUUGGAAAGCUUGUGGGAGGCCUUAGAAAUCAACGUAUUAUUGUCAGAGCCUGCCAAAUACAAACAAACUUUCUUCCAGGAAGCUUUGAAAAGUUCACGUGAGCUGCAACUAAAGCACAACUGCUGGCUACGUGGGCUCAGUGUCUAAAGCAAUAAGAUGUGGUAGGCACUAGGACUCCAUAGCAAUUUCUAGCCUGCCUGGUGUGGUGGUGGGGUAGAUGUGAGUUCAGAGAUAAGUAUAAUUAUCUUUAAUGUACAGUAGUUGUUCAGAAAUUUGUUGUCAGGCUUACAGAGUGGGAAACAGCUCUGUUUGCUGGGUGAUUGCUGUGGAGUAGUGGAAUUGCUAACAAGGACUCUGGUAGCUCAACAGCAGCACUGGCUUUAAAACUAUUUCUGUAAAUCCCAUUGAGCCCUGCCAGAGGGCAUCACAGUCCUUGCUCCUCUGCUUUCUAAAUACCCUCUGUAUUCACAGGCCUUUCUGUUGUUUGAGUUUGUUUGGGGGUUUUUUUUAAUAUUAAUGGCCUAAUGGACAAAUGUUUGAUUCAUGUCUUUGGGUCUAUUUUGGUAGCAGUAGGAUCUCUUUGCUUAAAAUCUAUAAUUUUGAUUGUGCCCCUUAGAGUUUGAAGCUGUGGGGGUACUUGCUCAAGUGUACUCUGUCCCGAAAGCCUUCUUCUCUCCUCUUUGAGAGAGAUGCUUAUUGUAGUUCUGGUGUGUAAAUAGUGUUUGAAAUGUAAAUAGUAGCAUGCAGAUUAAUUGAUUCUUGCACAUGACUGCUUUUCACCCUGAAAGUGUUUAUUAUGGAGAGGAAAGGUGUCCACCAGGAGAGUUUGCUGGUGAGUCCCGAGUGGUUGUCCGGGCUGUCCCUCACCCCGGUGGAGCAGCAGGAGCACCUCAGCUGUGUGCACUUGUGUCUGCCCAGGUGGCUGCACCUGAGGAAGGUGAAGCCCUGGCCAUCCAUUUGGGCCCUGGUUAGUUGCAGGGCCUCCCUUGCCUUUUUCUUUUGCUGCUUGGCGUUAGAAUGGCAUUAGACUGUAAAGAGGAGAGUCAGUGGCAGCACCUCCUACCAGUUAUGGGAGGUUGUCAUCACUUCUGGCAGGACUAAACAUGGUGCUAUAAGAACUGUCCUGGAUGUCAAUAUGUGUUUUACUGCGUUAAAGAUGCCCUUGUUAAAAUUGGUCCUGGUUAAUAUGGUUGGUUACAAGAGAAACUAUUGUCUGAAUUUUUGAUUCUGGUUCCCUUCUUGCCGUGUGUGUCUUUUGGGUGCAUUUCUGCAAAUACCUAGAAAGGAGAUUGGACCUCAAAAGGCAUCAAGCACUGCUGAAUGUUCCAGUUCCUCUCAUUUUUGUUUUUUCUCUGAAUCUUUUUCAGAUACCUGUAAGAGGUGAUGAAACUGUCUAAAACAAAUGAAAUAAUAUUACCCUGAUCCAUUAGCUACCAAAUUUUGCCCCUUGAAAAAAAAAAAUUUAAAAAAAUCUGUCUCCCUUAACAGGCAGUAUAUGAAGAAGUGUUGUACUACUAGCGUGCAUGAGGCAGCACUGUUAGCUGUCCUUUGUGUUUCGGCAAUAUAAGUGUGUUAAUAAAAAGCUCCACCUGUAUGUGUUUUCAUGUUCACGCUGUGUACAUAGUAGAGAUGGACCUUGAGCUCUGGGGUGGUAGGUAUGUGGGUUUGUGACUCAGAGCUGUUCGUCAUACAUGUGUUCCAGAUUAGUUCCAACUGAAUCUUUCUCUCUGGUUCAUCUGAAGGUGUACAGCAAGGUGUCAAUAUUUACCCUUUGUGUAUCAUUCCUUUUUAUACGAAUGUAUUCUCUUGUGUUCCUUUUUUAUCAGUUGUAAAAUUGAUUGUAAAAGCCAACUACACUUACCGAUUGAAAGUAUUGCUAUAACAGAACUGCAUGCCCAGUAGAGUUUGACUUGAGCUUUAGUUUUCUGAUUUCAGACUGGUUCCCUUCAAUUUAGGAGAAAAGCAUAGAUCAGGUGCAUAAUGUAUUACUUUUCAUCUUUCGUGUUAGACUGUGGUAUUGUAUCACAUGCUGAUCUCAAUGGAUGUAACUGGAGUCUACUUAGGAAGUUAAUGCAACUUCCUGGUAAUUAAUUUUAAGCUAUUGAAAAUGGUCUUGGUCAUGCUACUUGUGUUCUUGGGUUUUUGUUUUUUAAUAGAGGCAUUUUUUAGGAAUGUUUUAAUACACUUAUGAUGGACAAUACAAUAGUUUUAAUAGUCGUGCAGUAUUCUGUAUUUACUUGAAGUAAAUCAUUUUAUAUGCAAUUUGUUAGAUAAUUACAAUUUUAUAAAUAAAAUUGUGUGAAAUAUGA